AUGACUUCCAUUGCGCUCGACUUGCUCGUUGAUGCGAAUAACCUCAACUCUUGUUUAGCAAGCGUCAUUUCUCAUCUGGAAGAACGAUCGAAUAUCGGGUUAUCCUCUAUCAAUAAAUCUUCUAGCAUCCUGGACAUCAAAACCCCCCCGGUCCUAUUCCCGCGUCCAAUCGUAGACUGCGAAGUCUACACCAACGAGCCAUACGUGUUGGAUAUUACAUCCGAGUACACGAGGCGCCCUCAAGAAGGCCUCGAGACCAUCUUCACAGGCUUCGGCUCCACGAUCAAGAACUUUGUCGACCGCCAUCGCCGCCGUCGCAACAAGGUGCUCUCGGUGACGGUCCAAGUCACUCUGCGUAGAGUCACGAUAGGAGCCGUCAUCAAUCUGCCUCCGCCGGUCCCAGGGAAGGGGAAGCAUACUCGGGUUUUUCGCUACACCAUCUCGGCUGGGGGUAAAGACUACCCCCUGAAGCUGUGGGUUAAAACUUCUCGGGGGCAGCUUAUCGAUGGUGAAGACGGCUCUAGCCCUGAGGAGCCUGGGGUCGAAGACUACUACCGAGCUUCGUUGCACUACGCGAGGUGGAUGGUGGAAUCUUUCUACCAGUUUUCGUCGUGA